AUGACCAAACUCUUCACAGCAACUCGGCAACUCAACGAAAAGAACGCCCCAAAGCGCGCUGCCGAUACGGAAGUCGUCCUCAUAGAAGUACACGAUCGCCUCCCUGGGUCGGAAAUGCACCUUCGCGGAAUCGCGCGCAUGAACUACCUUCACGCACGGUACAGACGUGCCGGGAAAAUCCUGGACGAGGAUAUGCUACACACCCUUGGGUCAGCGGUAGUGGAUAUUUUCCAUGCUGUGGACACCGGCGAAUGGCGCUCUUUGACGAAUGUCGAGCGCUGCGCGGUGGGUGUUUUUCAUAAAGCGCUCGGAGAGGCAAUGGAGAUUCCGUUUACGGCCUUGCCUAGUUUCAAGAAUGGCUGGAGGGAUGGAGGGCAUUUCGCAGAAGAGUUGUGUGACUGGGUCAAGUGGUAUGAAGGGGUUGCCGUGAAGCCUGCAGAGUCGAAUCGAGUGAUCGGCAGGCAGUUGAUGGAUCUAGCUGUGUGGAAUUUGCCGGGUUUUCUGAGGCCCUUAGUGCGCAGGGUGAUUGCGACGAAGUUGGAGAGACACGUGCGCGUCAGUAUGGGGUUUACUGAGCCUGGAGCUGUUGUUGAGGGGGGUCCGUCGCGGGCUGUGAGGGUGCUAGAUGACAAGCCGGAUCCGAAAACUGGGCUGUACACGAUUGACUUGUGGAUUGCACAUCCGUGGUAUGUCCCGUCUACGUUCAAGAACCGAUGGGGCCUCAAGGCCAUUUUUGCGCGGCUGUUUGGGGAUGGGGGAGUGCCUGGCGACGGGUAUGGAGCAUCAGGCUAUGAUCUGCGUACGAUCGGACCGACGGCACAGGAGAAGCGUGGACUCGAAGAGACAGAGGCCAUCUAUACUGAGUUAGCGCAGAGAGACUAUGCCGGAGGCUGUCCGUUCCAUCGCCCUUCAGCGACGGAUUCGUAG